GUCAUUGCAGUUUAUAGGACUGUAUAGCCUAAAUGUGUCAAAACAUUGAUUUAGAUUGUCCAAAUUCAUUAUCUGUCUACGGAAGUAUGUUAAAGACCAAUACUGUCCUCGAUUUAGCAGUGAGUGAGAUGGCAGUGAAUGGCGCAAACUGUGAACAUCAGAAGCGAGGAAGCAAAGACAAACAGAACGGUCAUUUUGCAGACACUCUGGUGAGUGAGAGGAGGCAGAAAGACAGAGAAAAGCGCCUGUCCCUGGUUUUGUGGAAAAGGCCUAUCGUCACCCUACAGUUCUUCCUCCUGGAAAGCCUAAUCAUAAUAAAGGAGUGGACAUUAAAAUUAUGGCGAAGAAGGGGUAUGGUGUUCUUGUUCCUGGGCUUGUGUUCACUCUUCUCCCUAGCCUACUCCACUGAUGGAGCACACCAGAUGUAUGUACAGUACCUAGAGAAGAGGUUCCUGUGGUGUGCCUAUUGGGUAGGCUUGGGAAUCCUGUCGUCAGUUGGCCUUGGGACAGGCCUACACACCUUUCUACUUUACCUGGGUCCACAUAUAGCAUCAGUCACCCUGGCUGCAUAUGAGUGUGGUUCUACUGACUUCCCUGAGCCCCCCUACCCAGACCAGAUCAUCUGCCCAGAUGGAGGGGGGGUGGAAGGCAGCAUCUCCCUUUGGUCCAUCGUCUCCAAGGUCCGCCUCGAAGCCUGUAUGUGGGGGGCAGGUACAGCCAUCGGGGAGCUGCCCCCCUACUUCAUGGCUCGAGCAGCCAGGCUAUCUGGAGCAGAUCCAGAUGAUGAAGACUAUGAGGAGUUUGAGGAGAUGCUGGAGCAGGCAGAGAGCGCACAGGACUUUGUCACAAGAGCAAAAAUUGGUGUUCAGAACAUGGUGCAGAAAGUGGGAUUCUUUGGGAUUCUAGCCUGUGCAUCUAUCCCUAAUCCUCUAUUUGACCUGGCUGGUAUAACAUGUGGCCAUUUCCUGGUACCAUUUUGGACUUUCUUCGGCGCAACGCUUAUUGGGAAAGCAAUCAUCAAGAUGCAUAUUCAAAAACUGUUUGUUAUCAUAACGUUCAGCAAGCACAUAGUGGAGCAGAUGGUGUCCCUUAUCGGGUCUCUGCCGAGGAUAGGUCCUUCCAUACAGAAGCCUUUCAGCGAGUACCUGGAGGCCCAGAGGAGUAAACUCCACCACCACACUGGAGAAGGUACCCCUGCGAGUGAGAACUGGCUGUCGUGGGUAUUUGAGAAGGUGGUUCUGGUCAUGGUCUGUUAUUUUAUCAUCUCCAUCAUCAACUCCAUGGCUCAGAGCUACGCCAAGCGACUACAACAGAGUCAGCCACAGAGGCACUCCGAGGAGAAAACAAAGUGAUAAGAGACUAACUGACUGUGCGGAGUGGCUUUGUCUCUCAAACUAACCUCAUCCUCUUCAGUUCAGAAGGCGAAAACUGGCCCUAUUCUGUGUGUGCUUACGGGUGUAUGUGCUGUUUGUUUUGUUUGUCCUUAUAGUUCUGUAGUUUGCCCUCAUCUGUGUGUAGUGUGUGUGAUUAAUUAAAUAAUGUAAGGAUAUGAUUAACCCUUUCUGAGCAGCUAAGCAGCAGCUGGAUGUCAACUGUUUGGCUGGCAAUUACACCAGCUGCGAUGCCUUAUGCAAGGUGGAGGGUCCUACUUCCAUUGAACACAGUUCUUAAUUGCUAGAUUUGUUCUUAAUUUGUGUAUGUUGAUUUGACAAUGCUAUGGAAGUUUUUCAGGGUUAAAUUGUUUUGUCCUGUUGAUCAGAAAUAGACUGUGUUAUUUGUUUAUGGAAAGUUCAAGUUUGGCAUUGAAAAUAGCAAUAUCAAGUCGGAUCAACGCGGUAUUGAUGGUUUGCACAUCCUGUAAAUAAUCUUGACGGUAUGUAUGCACAUGUAUUUUUAAUGGGCUAGACUAACUUGAACCAAAAGAGAACAAAAAGGAAGUGAUAUAAUUUGUAACUUAAUACUUAGUGUCAUUUUAUGUACAUUUACUGAAUCUGUGAUCAGAAUAUAUAAAAUGCCUAAAUCAUC